AGGCUUUUCGCUGGUCCUCCUCGAUUUCCUCGAUUUCGGCGCAGUGGGAAAAGCCCCCUGCCCAGAGAAAAACAGAAGCGGGACCCCAGAGGUCGCGGAAACUGCAUACGAUUUGCAGUUGUGUGGAAAUAUGGACUUUACCACUAAUUUUCAAAGCCCUGCGAGUGUGUGUGAGCGUGCGAGUGUGAAAUCUGCGUGAAACAUUGCCAAAUCCUUCGACAGAUUUCUAUUUGCACCUAUUUUGCAUUCGGCAUUCGGCAUUUGGCAUUUGCCAUCGACGCGAGUGUCAAUCGAGUGAAAGUAAACAAUGGUGGGCAUGGGCACCCAAAUGGAUAGGCGAUCGCGGAUCACUAGACCAAUAACGGGCGAUGUCAUGUGGUGUCUACUGGUCAUCUUGGCGGUGGCUCUACCACUAGUCUCCGCGGGUUUUGGCUUCGAUUCGGCCGAUUCGUGCAGUCCCAAUGGGAAGAUGUCGCGACGUGGUCGGGCCCAGAUGCUGGCGGCGAUUCCCUGUGACCUGGGUCAGCAGGCCUUCUGCCAUUUGCCCGGAUCCGCUUAUCCGUGGCACGCCGUCCGGCGAUUCGUGCAUGAGAACCAGGGCCUGAUGAAGCGCAUGUACGGCGAUGUGCGGCACAUUUCCAUUCUUCGAGAUGAGAUCCAGAACAACGAGGUGGAUGCGGAUGACAUGGAGGAGACGGCGGAGCGGUACAGCAAGGAUGGGGGACGGCGUAGUGCCAAGUAUCUUAUGAACGGGAGGGAUCGCGAUCGUGAUGAUUUUGGAAGCUAUAAGAACAAUGACGUGCUCAUGGAACCGCAUUUUCGACCAGUUUCCACCAGUACAACGAGUACAACUAAGGCGACGACGACCACAGCUGCUCCCGAAAUAAUUAGCAGCACUACGGAUAAGAUUCCCAGUGAGAUUACCAGCACAACGCCUGGAAAUUCCACAAGUACGAUGAGUACUACUACGUCUGUUCCACCCUCGCCCGAACAGCCUGAGGUAGAGGCGGAAAUUGUGGAGAUCCAACCCAGUCCGGAGUCGAACAGCGUUUACGAAGUGGUGUCCUCUUCAGCUCCGUCAACCACGUCCACUGCAAAACCUUCACCUGCUGGUGGCGAAAAUAUUCAAAUCAUCGACUCACCGCAACUGGGAUUGCGUAAUCUUAGUGGAGAGGCUAUAUCAUCCCAGGAACCAGCCACUGCCACAACUCCGAAGCCCACAUCGCUGCCCAAGAGCUCGGCAGCCUCGCCCAGCAGGAGAAGGAAGCCUGCAGAGACCACCACCACAGCAGCCACUCCAAAAACCUCCAGCUCCAUGUCGCCUCCGACCACAACAACAGCCACCUUGCUGACCCGUCGCAAUGUCACCAAGUACUCACCCGCAUCCGUGACUACGCCGAUCAGCUUCGCCUCGCUCUUCUCCGGCACCUCUAGUGGACUUUUCAGUCCGGAGAAGCUGCGCAGGCCCCUAACCACCAGUAGUACAAGUGCACCUGCUCCUGCUCCUGUCCCAGUUCCAGUGGCAGGAGGUGUACCAGCGGGUGCCACUGGAAGUGCCACCAAGUCGGGCCUGCUGAGGGAGGGUCAACUCUUCCAGGAUGCAAUGAAGCAGGAGCCAGUGGCAGUGGCCAGCAACUUGCGCGGAGUGAAUGCCUGUCCCGUCAAGGAUGAAGUGGUGGCUCCCUUCUGGGCAAACAACACCCGAGGCGAAGUGCUGGCCCUGCUCAACCUGUAUCCCUUCGAGCAGUAUGUCCACUGGGAGAAGUGCACCCACGAGUUCAAACAGAUGUUCUGCCGGGAUGGAUGCAGAUGCGAACAGCAGUACCGGCUGCACAGAUUGUUGGCCUACGAUCCGCACAACGAGUGCCGAGGGAUCUUCUCCGACUGGUUCCGCUUCCCGUCCAGCUGCAUCUGUAAGUGCUACAACAUCCCGAUGGAGUUCCGGGCCACCUCACGCAGUCCGAGAUCCGACAGCCGCUUCGAUGCUCCAAAAUCCGAUCCCAUCGAGGCUGCGGAGGCGGAGGUCCAGAGAGCCAUCUACGAACAUGCCACGGAUGAGUGGUACCGCCCACGCGAUGAGUUCGACUUCUUGGAGGGGUAAUCCAUUCGCAUAACCAUGGGAUCAAUUGUACAGUAGUCUUAGAUUUUAUAGCAAUAAGAAACAGUACCUUUCUUCAAUCAGACUUCCCCUUCUUUUAAUCUAAAACAAACCUUCUUUCCAAAUCCCAUAUUUUUUUGUGCUCGUUUCCAACCAACUUCCCCCUCCUUUGAUUAAUGACCAAACCAAGACCCUAAAAAAACUAUAUAUCUCUAAUCUCUAAUCUAUAACCUUAAGCUACACACUACCUUUCUUUAAUCGGACUCCACUUUCAUAACCAUAUACCCUUUAAUACCCGAAAGAACUCUAUAUACCUCUAUCUAAUAGUGUUGGGAUGCUCAUGAGUGGGUGAACAAAAAAGAGUUGUUCACUAAACUGAGGGAGUGAAUAUGCUCCUUCCUAUUUGAUCUUUUUUGUUCACUUGACAACAAGUGAACAACUGAUCAAGUCAGCAAACUGAGUGAGUUGACUCUUGAAAAAAAAGAACAAGUGAACAUGUUCACCCAAAUGAGCGUUAUUUACCCAACACUACUAUCUUUAACCCCAAGCUUACUUUAAGAAGCGGCAUUAUGUUAAUGUAAAUAUAGACCAACAUAAUGCCCAAGAUAGGAAAAAAUUACAGAGCGAAUGUACCUUGAAAUACUUGCGAACGAAUCGCGGCCAUUGAGCUGCGUCCGAUGGUAUUUACUAGAGUUAUUUAUUUAUUUAUUCAGAUCGUAGGUCUAAGCAUUACCAUAAAAGUGGCCAUAACAUUAACCCCAAAUCUUUCAAAAGUAGCCCAGAUUAAAGUGUAGGCGUUUUGG